CGCUCUCUAUCCACUAGGAGGCUGACUAGCGAGGUGCUUUUGCCCGGAUGCAAAACAUUCUCUUCAUAUUGCGUGUUUGGUAAAAUAAAUAUUUUAACUGUAAAUGAUUUAUAGAUCAUUUCAAUUCUGUAGCGGAUCACGGAGCGCCUUUAUGCGGUUUUCAGCCAGAAGGCAAAUGCAGAUGUUUGUAUAACUUAACAGGAGUGAAGACCAAUAGUCUCCUCUAAAUUGGCCAGAUUGGCUUGCAUCUAUGAACUCGUUGGUGCCCACCACCUCGGCCGUCAGUAGCCCUGUUAGUUCCCUGGACUCCCCCCUUUCUGUCAUCAGUUCGUCCACUGGCUCGCCAGGUGUGCCAUUUACCCCUUCGGUGGGUUACGGACCCAUCAGCAACCCACAGAUUAAUUCCUCAAUGUCUGAGCUGCAUACUGUCAGCAGCUCUGAUGAUGUGAAGCCAUCCUUUGUUCUGAAGUCUCCAGGAGGCACUGGGCCAAUGCUGUCCCAAAAAAGACUCUGUUCCAUCUGUGGGGAUCGCUCCUCCGGGAAGCACUAUGGGGUGUACAGCUGUGAGGGCUGUAAAGGCUUCUUUAAGCGUACAGUGAGGAAGGACCUGAGCUACAUCUGUAGAGACAGCAAAGAGUGUCUUGUGGACAAGCGCCAGCGCAACCGAUGCCAGUACUGCCGUUACCAGAAAUGCCUAGCCAUGGGCAUGAAGAGAGAGGCUGUUCAGGAAGAGCGGCAGAGAAAUAGGGAACGUGAUGGAGAUUACGACUGCAAUACUGCAGCCAAUGAGGAGAUGCCUGUGGAGAAGAUCAUGGAAGCUGAGACAGCUGUGGAUAACAAGACAGAAUUACACACUGCAAGCAGCUCUACUGGUGCUGGCAUCGACCCAGUGACUAACAUCUGUCAGGCAGCAGAUAAACAGCUAUUUGGCCUGGUGGAGUGGGCCAAGCGUAUCCCACACUUCUGUGAGCUGCCUCUGGAAGACCAGGUCAUUCUGCUACGUGCAGGGUGGAACGAACUGCUUAUUGCCUCACUUUCUCACCGCUCCAUUGGGGUGGAGGAUGGACUUCUGCUGACUACAGGCUUGCACAUGCUCCGAGACAGGGAAAGUACACGCAGCCCAGAGGUGGGGGCCAUAUUUGACAGAGUGCUCACGGAGUUGGUAAAUAAAAUGCGAGAUAUGCAGAUGGACAAGACUGAGCUUGGAUGUCUGCGAGCCAUCAUCCUCUUUAACCCAGAUGCCAAAGGUCUGAGCAACACAAGUGAGGUGGAACUCUUGCGAGAGAGAGUGUAUGCAUCCUUAGAGGCUUACUGCAGGCAGAAAUACCCCGAACAGCAGGGGAGAUUUGCUAAGCUCCUCCUCAGGCUGCCUGCUCUGCGCUCCAUUGGGCUUAAGUGUCUGGAGCACCUUUUUUUCUUCAAACUGAUCGGAAACACGCCCAUUGAGACGUUCCUGAUGGAGAUGCUGGAGGCUCCUCACUAGCUUUGCCCUAAGGGAGGCUGGGAGAUCACUGUGACUGCACUUUUCAAUCUCAGGGGAACUUGAGCAAUUGGCCAGCCUCCAGUCCAAGAUACACUUGUUUAUGUUUGUCUCUUUGUAAGUGCAAAACAGAGUCUAAAAACACAAGACUUGCCAUGAACUUAGAGUAUGUUGGUGCUAUAUUUCAGUGAGUCUUGAAUUGUUGUGGAUUUUUUUUUUCUUUCAAGAUUGGAACCUUCAGUUCCCUUCCUUGCUUACAUGGGAUUUACAUUUUGAUAGAACCAUUUAAGGCUUUUAAUCUUGUGGAUGUUGAGCUUUAUUUGUCUGUAAGUGUGCUUCUCCAUCAUCUCGUCAGUGUGGUUUCUUUUAUUCCUUAAGGGACUAAUUUAUUCAGCUCAGACCUUAAAGGACUGGCGAUACGAACAACUGAUAGAACAGUUAAGAAAAACUGUUUUAAAAAUCUAUAAGCUGACAUCGCUCUCCCGGUUAAGCUAGCCUGGCCAAACAUGUAUGCAAUUAAAAUGUACAAAAGUCUGGAGAAAAGCUCAUUAUGAUGUGCAAUUUGCAGAAUAAUGUUCGUCAAAAUAUUUUGGAGUUUAUUCCAGUGAAGCGAGGUCUUACCAUGUGCUCAUAGAUAUAGAUCAUGGGUGCUUGACUGAUCUUAUACAAGCUUGAUACGUUGUACUGUUUUAAUUUCUUUUUUUUUCUUUUUCUUUCAUUUCGGUUUGCAUUUUUGGUGAAAACUGAAAAAAUAACUAGGAUAGUAAGUUCACUAAAUUAGCCAUGCAUUGCUUUAUGACUGCAGUGUUCCAGGCUGAAGUCAGUAAACUGCUUGUGACAUUGCAUUUUCUCUGUUAUUCUUUUCGUAGUAGACGCAUGUUUUAUCACAUAUCACGUAACCUUGUAACUUGAGUUAUGAUUCCUUAUGUAAACUGCACUAUACCAGUUCAAAUAUCAAAUAUUUGACCAAAAGGGGUCAUAUUUGUGUGUAUGCUUUGGUGCUUUAAAAAAAAAAAUGUUACAUCCCUGAAAACGCACAUAGAAAGUUGUAGGCAGGAAACGGUUCUAUUCUAACAAAGCUGAACGUGAGCAAUACUAAAUUUAAAAUGCAAAUGUGUCUAAUCUCAUUUCUGAGUCAAAACUUGUCAGAUGUCAAUUUCUAGUACUGUGCAAACAUUUGUUCAGGGACAGUAAAAGAUGAGUGCAACAAAAGAGCAGAAAUUCAUGUUCAUUUAUAUUCCAAUAAUUUUAUCAUUGCUUUUAGUUGCUUUGUACAUCUAAAAUACAAAAAAGACCUUAGUUUGCACUGUAUUUCCUGUGAAUCCCGGUUUUCUGACUGUCUUUGCUCUUUUCUUAGUGAUAUGUGUUUUCUCAGAUUUCAAUUAGAUUUGUAAUCUUGCUGGUUUUUUGUAAGAUCUUUGCUUUGCUUUGGGGACGAAGACCACAGAGACUUUGAAAUGCAAGUUCCCUAUUGGCAAAAAUGUUUACUACACCUUCGGGUUGUUUUGUAUGGUCCUGUACAACCACCAUCCUUACUGCAUUAGACAUGUUUGUGUCUGUCAUUGCACUAAAUUUGUCAUACAAUGAUGAUUGUAAUGAUCCUCCAUCAGGUUCUCCAUCGCUAAAGCUCAAUUUAAAGGAGCUUGAUGGCACUGCAAAUGAACCAUAUGGACACGACCCUAAAUAAAAGCUGGUGACAUCGGGA